AGUCGCCUUCAUUUCACUUCUGAUGCCCUCCCCAGUUCUUCCGUAUUCUAGAAGCUCGAAACUCCGGAGCGAACAUACAAACCCACGCAACGAACAUACAAGGAAAGUGUUGCAGCUCUCUUGAUAGUGAUUCGACUACUGUAAUAGAAUGGUUGAACUUCAUAGAAUCAGUUCAAAUUUAAUAGAUUGGAAGCCUUCUCCGGUAGUAUCUCUAGCCACCAGCGUCGAUGGUUCGCAGGUCGCCGCUGCCCGCGAAGAUGGCUCCUUGGAGAUUUGGCUUGUCUCCCCCGGUUGUGUCGGCUGGCACCGUCAGUUGACUAUUCAUGGAGAUCCCAAUGUAAGAGUAUCCUCACUUAUUUGGUGCCACGGGGGUUCACAGGAAAUGGCAUUCGGUCGAUUAUUCUCAUCUAACAUCGAUGGUUCAGUUUGUAAGUGGGAUCUUUCUCACUUGUCCCAGAAGACUGUGCUAUGUUCAAUUGGCGUCUCAAUCUGGCAAAUGGCACUGGCACCAUCUAAAAGCGACUUAGUUAAUACUAAUGCAGAGCCUGAUCACAUGGGGAAUGGAUAUUUGACUUAUGACAAAGACAAUGGUCGUGAUGAGCAUGAAACUAGUGACAGCGAAGAAGAUUCUGAGCCAUCUAAUUCUCUUAAGGUAGUCGAAUAUCCACGUGUAGCAAUUGGUUGUGACGAUGGAUGUGUGCAAAUAUAUGCCAUCUCAGACACAGAUGAGUUCAUGUGUACAAAAUCGUUGCCUCGGGUCAGUGGACGAGUUUUGAGUGUGACUUGGAGUACCAACGCAAAUUUCAUAUAUUCUGGAAGUAGUGAUGGCUUGAUACGAUGCUGGGAUGCUGCAUUGGGUCGUGAAAUCUAUAGGAUUACAGCUGGGCUUGGAGGUCUGGGCAGUGGACCUGAACUUUGUAUUUGGUCGUUACUGUCCUUAAGGUGUGGGACCCUGGUUAGUGCAGACAGCAGUGGUAGCGUCCAGUUUUGGGACGGCCAACAAGGAACUCUCUCACAGGCACAUUCAUUGCACAAGGGAGAUGUAAAUGCGCUCGCUGCAGCUCCAACUCAUAACAGGGUGUUCUCUGCUGGCUCUGAUGGCAAGAUUAUCCUGUAUAAGCUCUCCAGUGAGUCGUUGUCAUCCAAUAGUGUUGAGUCGCCAGCAGUAAUAAAGAGAUGGACUUACGUUGAUUAUGUGAGGGCUCAUACACAUGAUGUCAGGGCCUUGACUGUGGCAGUACCAAUUUGUCGAGAAGAUCCCUUGCCAGAUGAGAAGAUUAAAAGAGCUCGUCGUCAGGAAAAACCCAUUGAUUUUAGUUACCGUAAAUGGGCCCAUUUGGGUGUUCCCAUGCUGAUAUCCGCAGGUGAUGACACAAAGCUCUUUGCGUAUGCUGUAAAAGAGUUCACUAAAUUCUCUCCACAUGAUAUCUGCCCUGCACCACAGAGAGUCCCCAUUCAACUAGUGCCAAAAACAGCCUCCAAUCAAUCAGCAAUUCUUUUAGUCCAGUCUUCUCAUUGUUUAGAUAUUCUUUCUGUACAACCCAAAAAAGGCAUCUUCCCUGACGUUACACGUCCCACUUCUGGUGGCUUUGCAAAAAGUGAUCUGCUUGCUCGAGUCAAGAGCAAAUCAUCUCGGAAAAUAAUUUGCAGCGCUAUUUCUGAUUCAGGCGUGCUGUUUGCAUACUCUGAUCACGUGAAGCCUAGUCUAUUUGAGUUGAAGAGCCCUGAAAUUGGGGGGAGUACAUGGAGUGUUAGGAAAAGGCAACUCCCUGGUAGACUACCAUUUGCUCAUUCUAUGAUUUUUACUCAUGAUUCUUCUCGGUUGAUAGUAGCUGGGCAUGAUCGAAGGAUAUAUAUUGUGGACGUGGGCGGCUCAGGACUAGUGCAUGUCUUUACACCAUCCCGUGAGAUGCAAGAUGAGGGGUUACCUCCGACUGAACCUCCCAUAACAAGGAUGUUUGCCAGCUCUGAUGGGCAGUGGCUGGCAGCUGUGAAUUGCUUUGGAGAUGUAUAUGUAUUCAAUCUCGAGAUAUUAAGGCAGCACUGGUUCAUUUCUAGAUUAGAUGGCGCCUCUGUUACUGCUGGUGGAUUUUCUCCCCAGAACAGCAACGUACUUAUAGUUACAACUUCCUCAAAUCAAGUGUAUGCGUUGGAUGUAGAGGCCAAGCAGUUGGGAGAAUGGUCAAUGAGGCACUCAUUUGUUCUUCCAAAGAGAUUCCAAGAAUUUCCUGGUGAAGUUAUUGGGCUUUCAUUCCCUCCCUCUGCAACUUCAUCUUCCGUUGUUGUUUACAGUGCCAGGGCAAUGUGUUUGAUCGACUUUGGAUUGCCAGUGGAGCAAGAUGAUGGUGAUCUAUUCUAUGCUCAAGACUCAAUGGCCAAAAAUUUACAAAAUUAUCUCAAGAGGAAACACAGGCAUAGGAAGAAUUUUGAAAUUUUGGAAUUCAGGGAUCCUGUUUUAUUUUUAGCCCAUCUUUCGAAAAGUUCCGUCUUAUUCUUAGACAAGCCGUGGUUAGAAGUGGUUAAAAGUUUAGAAGCCCAACCAGUCCACAGACAUAUUUUUGGCACAUAACAUCUUCCGUCAUAGGACGUGGUCUCAGCUGGAGAGAGAUGCAAAGUGGGGAUAAAAUUCCCUUUGUUUUGUUUCAGUUUUUUUUCCUUUUUCUCCAUUGCUGGGUUCCAAUAUUAUGUAUUUCUUAUGUAUCCUUAUAAUUUAAUUUUGCCCCAUCAGUAAUAGCUGUAGCUCAUAAUUCUUUUAAUCUACGACUUUGACGAUUUAAUGUGCAUGUAAAUUUUUGACUUACCCUUUUGUUAAAA